AUGAGCAAGAUCCAGAAUGGAGAUGCGACCGCCACUCUACAGGCGCCACAGGCUCGUUUCUUGUCUUCAAGACUGCCCUCAUUCACAAGUUCAGAAUCAAAUUCUCCUCAUUCGCUCACGGACCCGCUUAUGCAAGAUCUAGAUUGUCGAUCGAGGAGAUAUCUGGAUUAUUUUGCAAAUGUUGUCUGCAAGGACUUCGUUCUCUAUGACAUCCCAAAACACAAUUCAUUCCGCCAGCUGAUUCCAAUGGCAUACCAGCAGCCCAUGUUACUGCAAGCCAUCAUUGCCAGUUCGGCUUUGCAUAUGUCGAACGCUUCUCAACAGCCAUCAGGCAUCUUCACAACGAUGGCCUCGACUCAGAACAGCACAAACUUAGUGGGCUCUCUAUCGGUUGGCCAUGCAAUGUCAUACCCGGAGGCUUUCUAUGAUGCACUCGGGGCAAAGGAGCAGGCACUUUGUCUGCUGAACUCCGCUCUCGGAAGCAUGGCUUCGGCGGAUGUUGAUGCGAUUCUGGCGGCGGUGUUUCUCCUCAUCGGAUUCGAGCUCAUUGACUCUGAACGAGGCAGCUGGGUGUUUCACAUCAACGGCGCGAGAAUGAUCACAGAGAAACUGAUGGAAUCUGGCUCGGGGAAAGGGACCGCUUUCAGCCCUCUCCGCAGGUGGUUAGUGUCAAAUUGCUUGGUGUAUGAUCUUCUUGGGUCAUCAUUCGCGAACUGUUAUCUACCGCAAGGUGGGGAGCUGUCGAUGACUACCAUGUCGCUGCUUCAGGACGCAGAAGGGAACCAUUGCUCAUCAUUCCCGGCGGCUCUCCUUCCUUUGAUACAAGCAGGGGCUCAAAUAUUGAAUAGCAACAACUUUUACAUGUUUCCUGAUACCUCCAUCAACCCGGGACUUCACGAUAUGCUUCGGCUCUUAGACGCGGCCAAGUCUUUUGACCCAGCUGCCUGGGCCACCAGUUUACAGCCACGCUCGCCGGUUGACGAUCUCCUCCAUCGCACUAUGGUUGCGUGCGCACACAGGACAGCUGUGUGUGUCUAUCUCUCACGCAUUAUUCUUGCUCUGUGGCCCAGUACGGUAUUGUCAGAUGAUCUACAGGUACUAGCAGCCGAGAUCAUCACUCACCUUUCAUAUUUGCACCCUGGAGAUGCAUUAUUCACAGCAACAGCGUGGCCCGUAUUCAUCGCUGGCCUAGAAACGCGUGACUUCACGAGUCGUGCCUGGGUAGAGAGAAGAUUCCAAGAGCUCUGGAAAGUAGAGCCUUGGGGGUUUACUAGAGAGGCUCUCGGAGCAUUGCGAACAAUUUGGGGUGAGGAGAAGAAAGAAAUUCCCUCAACGAGCAGUGAUAACGAAUUCGACGGAGGGGAAGAGGACUGGAAUUGGAUCAAAAGGCUGAGGAGCUUGGGCGCCGAUUGGUUGAUUGCAUGA